AGAAACAUAUAUUAGAAACUUUUGCGUGUUUCUAAUGACAAGGUUACUGGAAGGAUUGUAGUUCAUGAAUGUGGUAAUUAGCCAAAAUUAGGGGGGUUUGUGCCUACGUUCUUCUCAUUAAGCAUAUAUACUUUACCCCUUUGCUUGUAUUUAUGACAUAGACUUACAUGCAAUCUUAUAUUGAGGGUAUAGGUCUGAUCCAUAGUAUCAGUUCACCUCCCCAAGGAUGUGAGAAGAAAGUAACAGAUUCCAGGCCUCUGACAUCAACCUGAUCUAAAAACUCCAUACAGGUACAGUUUAGAAAACAGCUACCAAAUUUAAGUUAGUAAGAGCUGAAGAAAAACUAUACAUAAAAUGGACAGAGUUCUCACCAGGAUAGUAGAUAUAAGACAACAAUAAAUCAAUAAGUACUAUAUAGCACAGGAUCACUUUAUUCGGGCUUUGUGCCAAUUUUAGACACUAAAACCCGGAAAGAGCAGAAAUCUUUUUGAACAUAUAUUUGCAAAACCCUGUGUCCAUUCUUUUAUCUUCUGGGUUUCCUUCUUUUCUCGCUCUGCCUCUCUUUAUUUCCUUACACCACCAUCUAUACUCUCUCGGGUGCAGAAUCGGCUUAGAUAUGUUUGAGUGGCCCUGAUUUACAUGCGGUAGCUUGCUUACCUGGAGAAGGCAUUGAGGAUUGAAUUGGAUGCAGUUUGACUGUGGCUCCAUAGAGGGAGUAGAGGAGCUGAGAGAAGAGAGCAAAAGAACGUGUCUGGUUAAGUGUGCCGCCGGAGCCCGGUGCCUUAGCCAGCGGAGGAGGAGGGGCAGGAUGGGGGGUGUUGCCUCUAGCUGCUCCACCCUCACUUUGUGUCAGCAGGUAGAGAGCGUGAUUGCAGUCUCAGGGGAGGGAGUUCGAGCUAGAACACCAAUUACAAACCACAGGCUUCCUUCUCUAGGGAGUUGAUCCAGAAUUGUCUUUCUGGAAGGGAAGCACUCGAAUCCUUCCGAACUUUCCAAGUCCAUCCAUGAUUCAGAGAUAUUGCCUUCUCCCUCUGGGAUUUUCUGUGUUCCUGGUAGUGAAUUGUUACUUUGCUUCUUUUCUCUUUGAAGAUUUGAUCAUUUUAUAUGCUGUUUGGGGAGAAAAAGAACUUUUGUUAGAAAGGAGAUUUCAGAAAUGAUUUUGGAUCCUCUAUCAGUGUUUUUAGAGUUCUUGGGGACAGUAGCUCUAACCCUGGAGUAAGUUUCUGCCUUUGACCUGCAUGGAUUAUUUUUUCAGGCUGCGGAAUUUCUCGGUGCCUACCUGCAGUGCGGGGCACUUGGUUUGGUUGCAGAGUAAGAAGGUGGAAGAAUGAGCUGUACUUGGUUAAACAGUUGAAAUCUUUUUUGAGCAGGAUCUAUAAAAGCAUAAUUGAAUUGGUUUCACCCCCGUGGAUUCCAGUGGGCCCGUCAGCACAACAGUGGCUCGACAAUUGGAUGCAUAUGGAAGACCAGCACCAAGUGAUCUGAUAUAACAAAAAUUCAGGAUGUGACAUUCAACCUCAAGCGAAGUUGGAAAUUCCAGAGAAAAGUGGUGGUAUCUUUACUAAUAUUAGUGAAGAUGGGAGAAAAUGACCUACCUGUAGCCGAAGUGGGCUAAACACACCCUUUUCCUUGCCAGAUCAGGAAUGCCACCUGUUCUUGGGAAUAUGAGAAAGGAAGGGCCAAAACUAUGACUUUGCUUUCUGAAACUGAAGUAUAAAUUCUCUCUUCCUUCGUUUGUCUGAAUCUGAGAACCUGCGUUUGGUGUUAGCCCGUGGAAGCAGUAUGUAUGGCCGAAGUGCACUGCUGCAGCUGGUAGCAUGAGUGGUGGCCACCAGCUGCAGCUGGCUGCCCUCUGGCCCUGGCUGCUGAUGGCUACCCUGCAGGCAGGCUUUGGACGCACUGGACUGGUACUGGCAGCUGCGGUGGAGUCUGAAAGAUCAGCAGAGCAGAAAGCUAUUAUCAGAGUGAUCCCCUUGAAAAUGGACCCUACAGGAAAACUGAACCUCACUUUGGAAGGUGUGUUUGCUGGUGUUGCUGAAGUCACUCCAGCAGAAGGAAAGUUAAUGCAGUCCCACCCCCUGUACCUGUGCAAUGCCAGUGAUGACGACAAUCUGGAGCCUGGAUUCAUCAGCAUCGUCAAGCUGGAGAGUCCCCAGCGGGCUCCCCGCCCCUGCCUGUCACUGGCCAGCAAGGCCCGGAUGGCAGGUGAGCGCGGAGCCAGUGCUGUCCUCUUUGACAUCACUGAAGAUCGAGCUGCUGCUGAGCAGCUGCAGCAGCCCCUGGGGCUGACUUGGCCAGUGGUGUUGAUCUGGGGCAAUGAUGCCGAGAAGCUGAUGGAGUUUGUGUACAAGAACCGCAAGGCCCAUGUGAGGAUUGAGCUGAAGGAGCGCCCGACCUGGCCAGAUUAUGAUGUGUGGAUCCUCCUGACGGUGGUGGGCACCAUCUUUGUGGUCAUUCUGGCUUCAGUGCUGCGCAUCCGGUGCCGUCCCCGCCACAGCAGGCCGGUGAGCGGAGUGGGCUCCCUGGCAGAGGAUCCUCUUCAGCAGCAAACAGCUUGGGCCAUCAGCCAGCUGGUCACCAGGAGGUACCGGGCCAGCUGCAAGAAGGCCCGGAGUGAGUGGCCAGACUCAGGGAGCAGCUGCAGCUCAGCCCCUGUGUGUGCCAUCUGCCUGGAGGAGUUUUCUGAGGGCCAGGAGUUACGGGUCAUCUCCUGCCUCCAUGAGUUCCAUCGUGCCUGUGUGGACCCCUGGCUACAUCAGCAUCGGACUUGUCCUCUCUGCAUGUUCAACAUCGUAGAGGGAGAUUCAUUUUCCCAGCCCGUGGGACCCACCCGAUCCUACCAGGAACCAGGCCGGAGACUCCAUCUCAUUCGCCAGCAUCCUGGCCAUGCCCACUACCACCUUCCUGCUGCCUACCUGCUGGGCCCUUCCCGGACUGCAGUGGUUCGGCCCCCACGACCUGGUCCUUUCCUACCAUCCCAGGAACCAGGCAUGGGCCCUCGGCAUCACCGCCUCCCCAGAACUGCACAUCCCCGGACUCCAGGCGAGCAGCAGCGCCUGGCAGCAGCCCAGCACCCCUUCGCACAGGGCUGGGGGCUAAGCCGCCUCCAAUGCACCUCGCAGCAUACGGCCACUUGCCCAGCACCCCCACGCCGGGCCAGGCCUCAUGACAGCAGUGGGUCUGGAGAAAGCUACUGCACAGAACGCAGCGGGUACCUGGCAGAUGGGCCAGCCAGUGAUUCUAGUUCGGGGCCCUGCCAUGGGUCUUCAAGUGACUCAGUGGUCAACUGCACGGACAUCAGCCUGCAAGGCAUCCACGGCAGCAGUUCUACCUUCCGUAGCUCUCUGAGCAGUGACUUUGACCCCUUGGUUUACUGCAGCCCUGAAGGGGAGCCCCAGGAGGAAGAGACUCAACCCAGCGUGACCUCUCGGCCCCGUUCUUUGGACUCAGUGGUGCCCAGAGGGGAACCCCAGGUCUCCAGCCACAUCCACUACCACCGCCAUCGGCACCACCACUACAAAAAGCGCUUCCAGUGGCAUGGCAGGAAGCCUGGUCCAGAAACUCGGGUCCUGCAGUCCAGGCUCGAGGUUCCUCGGACACAGCCAGAGCCAGAGCUGCCUUCUCCUGGUCAGCAAGCUGCCAAAUGCAAUGCAGCAGCCUCGUCAGGGCAGCUUCCCAACCCACAACCACCCAGGGCCCUCACAGAGCCAGCCCCAGGCCCAACUGAUGCUUCCAGCCCCAGUCCCAAUCCCAGCAGCCUCUUCCACUGGCAGAAAUCCAGCGUUUCGGUCCGACACCCACAGAAGAAACGGCGGGGGGGUCCCUCAGAGCCCACCCCAGCCUCUCGGCCCCAGGACUUGACUGCACACCCAGCCUGCCAGGUUUUUCCCCAUUAUGGCCCCAGCCUGGCAUACCCUUGGUCCCCAGAGGCCCACCCAUUAAUCUUCGGACCUCCGGGCCUGGACAGGAGGCUGCUACCAGAAACCCCAGGCUCCUGUUACUCAAGUUCACAGCCAGUAUGGUUGUGUCUGACUCCACGCCAGCCCCUGGGACCACACCCACCUGGGGAGGGGCCUUCCGAAUGGAGUUCUGGUACCCCAGAGGGCAGGCCAUGCCCUUACCCACACUGCCAGGUGCUGCCAGCUCAGCCUGAUGCAGGCUCGGAGGAGGAGCUAGAGGAGCUGUGUGAACAGGCUGUGUGAGAUGUUCGGGCCUACCUCCCACCAAGAGCGUGCUCCGGAUGAUGUGGGGCCUCACCGGCAGAGUCCUGCUCCUGAGAGAAGAAGGGACCUCAGAAAACAUCCCUCUGUUGCCGUCCUUCCUGAAACCACUGGAAGAGGAGUGGUGAUGGUGGUGGCAGGAGGUGUUGUUUCCUGCUCCCAGCUACAGACCUUGUCUGCAGAGCACAUCUGCAGUGCAGCAAAUCUGUGUCCAGCAGGGUACCAGCUACUGCCUGUGUGGUCUGGCUCCCGUGAGGGCUGUUUUUUGAGAGCAGAAAGCUAGGUAUGGGUAGAUUGGUGUUUGUAAAGGUGCUGCUCCCUUCCCCAGCCCCAACAGGUCUUCCUGCUCCCAAGCCUCAUGUUCAUACCAGCCAGUGGGUCCAGCUGAAUGCACGACCCCUUCUCACCUCAUUCUCUGGGUGAGUCCUGCACAUCAGCUAUGGCUCCUCUUUGGUAAGGCUGCUGCGUCAGCAGCAACCCUGGCUCUUAUCAUUUUCCUUCUUUGCAAAAGGAUCAGGAGCAUAGGUGAGCCCCGAGCCCUAAAAAGGGGGGCUCUGCAGCUCUCCAGGCAUUACUUGCCCUGGUACAUAACAAAAUGUGUUUUUUCCCUUCUUGUCCUUAAUUUUCAGAUACAUUGUAUUAAGUCAGAGGGGAGGCUCUGGGAAGCCAGAGCGUGGAGUUCUCUCCCCAAGGGGGUACAGCACUUUGAAGAACCUGGGAUGAAGCCUCUGAACUUUAAACCCCCUUGUCACUCUAGCAGCCCCAGUUUCUCUGGGAGUUGGGGUGGGGGUAGUGGGAGGGAAUAACUCGUCCUUGGAGAUCUCCCAUCUCUCAGUCCCAAAGUGGCAGAAAGAAAAGGAUAUCUAUGGAGUUCAUCUAGGAAGAGAAAGGAUGGAAUGAAGGUAGAAAAGACAGAAUUGCAGCUGAACAAGGACAACGAGGAGUUUUUCUCUGGAAGUUUUUCUCUCAAAGAAGGGAUGGGGAACAGGAGAGAACAAAGGAAAAGCAAAGUGGGAUCCUUAGGUUUAGGUGGCCCAGAGGCCCAGCUUCCUAGUAUAAGCCAUACAGGCCAGGGACACACAGAAAGGUGUGCAAGCGAGAGUGGAGUUGGAGCAGGAAGUCUGGUCUGAGCAGCUGGUACCGAGUGGGCAAGGGCUGAGGGGCCUCCUUAAGGUGACAUUCACCCCAGGGCAGCUUGACCAUUGCUGGCCCCUCAGGCAUUAUCCCAUUUGGAAUGUGAAUGUGGGAGCAAAGUGGGCACAGGACCCCACCUGAGAAUCUUCUUCCCUCAGAGUCAGUGGGGAACUGGCACCUAAGCACCCACAUGGGUAUUUAUAUCUGAACCAGACAGAAAGACGCUUGAAUCAGGCACUAUGUUGAGAAAUGUAUUU